AUGGCGAUGAUGAUGGCUGGCCGUGUGCUGCUGGUGUGUGCCCUCUGCGUGCUGUGGUGCGGUGCCGGCGGUGGAAGUGUCGACGAUUUGGAUGUUGACGGUAAAGCCGGCGGUUCUUCGAGUGGUGGUGAAGAUACGCUGGGAUCGCCAAGACCUUUACUGCCAGAACCAAACCUCUCGGACUCAGAAAGAAGUCAGCCAGAGCAUCAGGGAAACGCGUCACCAUCCCGAGCUGCAGGUGAAGUUGUUGGAGAUGAUGAUGCUGAGAAAAAGAAAGAAGAUAAUGAUUCGAAUGAUGGUGAUGAUGGCAGUGAAGAAUCAGGGCUACCUCCACCACCAGCAGCAGGAGCUUCAGGAAAAGAAGACACCAAAAAAUCACUUAUUACUUUGCCACAAGUAUCUGGUGUUGGCAGUUCUGCCGGUGGUGGCGGCGGCCCAAGUGGAAAUCCUAACAGAAGCGGUGAUAAUGUGUUGAGUUCUUCCGC